AUGCGCGCCAAACGCAGCAAGAAGUACCGCAAGGUCAUGUCGGCGUACCAGCAGGCGUUCUCGUUCCGCGAGCCGUACCAGGUCCUGCUUGACUCACACUUCCUCAAAGCAUGCCACUCGUUCCACAUGCCGCUCCAGCGUUACCUCGAGAACACGCUGCACGGGCAGUGCCGGCUGUUCAUAACACAGUGCACGAUCGCGAAAGUGAUGGCCGACUUUGAGAAGGAAAAGGAAAAGACGAAAGUCGGCGAUGGACGCCCAAGAGGAAGGCCGGAGUUCCUGCCGCCGCCGCUGGAGGCACCGAUGCGCUACUGCAAGCACAAGAAUAAUGAGGGCGAGGAGCUCGGCGUGAUCGGAGAGAGUCGCUGUCUACUUGAUUUACUGGCUGGCCAGCCGCAUGGGAACGAGCUCGCGAAGAAUAAGCAGCAUUACAUCCUGGCGACAGCGGAACCGGACGAGAGGGAGCUGAAGCGGAAGGGGUAUUUCGAUGUGAGGGAGCGCGCGAGGAUGAUUCCCGGCGUGCCGGUGGUCUAUGUCAAGAGGAGUGUCAUGAUACUGGAGGAGUUGAGUGGCGCGAGCGAGAGGACGAGGACGAAGGCUGAGAAGGCGAAGUUCUCCGAGGGGUUGGUGGACACGAGGAAGAGGAAGAGGGGGGAGGGUGCUGAUGAUGGGAGUAAUGAUGAGCUUGAGGAUAUCUUACUUGAGCGAGAGCAACAGGCACAGGGGCUGAAGGUUCGCGGAAUGACGAGGGCGAAAGGACCCAACCCGCUGAGCGUGAGGAAGAAGAAAAAAGUCACGACCAGCAGUGAGCAGACAAGGGGCUCGGAGGGUGGUCCAGCGCUCGAAGAGGGAGAAAGAAAAAAGCGAACAAGGAGAGGGAAGCGAGGAAGGGGGAAGACGGGCGUGGGCAAAGACCCUGCGUCUGAGCAAACCCGCACUGCUGAACCACCGUCGCUCAGACUGGAUGAGUAG